CGGCGGGUGCAGAGCUGCGGGCGGCGGCGCCCGCGGGUCACUUACAGGCCGAGCGGCGGGCGGCAGUACGCGGGGUGGCGGGGCGCACCAUGCCCACGUUCGACCAGGCGCUGAGGAAGGCGGGCGAGUUCGGGCGCUUCCAGCGGCGCGUGUUCCUACUGCUCUGCCUGACCGGUGUCACCUUCGCCUUCCUCUUCGUCGGUGUGGUCUUCCUGGGCAGCCAGCCCGACUACUAUUGGUGUCGUGGGCCGCGUGCCACCGAGCUGGCCGAGAGCUGUGCCUGGAGCCCCAAGGAGGAGUGGAACCUCACGGCACCAGAGCUCCACGCUCCCGCCGAACGCCGAGGCCAAGGCCACUGCCACCGCUACCUGCUGGAAGCCACCAAUGCCAGCACUGAGCUCAGCUGCGACCCACUGGCUGCCUUCCCCAACCACUCCGCGCCCCUGGUGCCCUGCAGCGGCAACUGGCGCUAUGUGGAGACCCACUCCACCAUCGUCAGCCAGUUUGACCUUGUCUGUGUCAAUGCCUGGAUGUUGGACCUCACCCAAGCCAUCCUGAACCUGGGCUUCCUGGCUGGGGCAUUCACCUUGGGCUAUGCAGCAGACAGGUAUGGCAGGAUAGUCAUUUACCUAAUAUCCUGUUUCGGUGUUGGCGUCACAGGGGUCGUGGUGGCAUUUGCACCAAAUUUUUCUGUGUUCAUCAUCUUCCGUUUCCUGCAAGGUGUGUUUGGAAAGGGGGCAUGGAUGACCUGCUUCGUGAUUGUGACAGAAAUAGUGGGUUCCAAACAGAGGAGGAUCGUGGGGAUUGUGAUUCAGAUGUUUUUCACACUCGGGAUCAUCCUCCUGCCCGGAAUUGCCUACUUUACCCCCAGCUGGCAGGGCAUCCAGCUCGCCAUCUCGCUGCCCAGCUUUCUCUUCCUCCUUUAUUACUGGGUGGUUCCCGAGUCUCCCCGCUGGCUGAUCACCCGGAAGCAAGGAGAAAAAGCUUUGCAGAUCCUAAGGCACAUGGCUAAGUGCAACGGGAAGUACCUCUCGCCAAAUUACUCGGAGAUCACCGUUACAGAUGAAGAAGUCAGUAACCCAUCCUUUCUCGACCUUGUGAGGACUCCCCAAAUGAGGAAAUGCACACUGAUUCUUAUGUUUGCCUGGUUCACAAGUGCUGUGGUCUAUCAGGGACUCGUCAUGCGCCUGGGAAUUGUCGGCGGCAACCUCUACAUAGACUUCUUCAUCUCGGGGCUUGUGGAGCUGCCUGGAGCUCUCUUGAUCCUUCUGACCAUUGAGCGUCUUGGACGGCGCCUUCCCUUUGCAGCGAGCAAUAUAGUGGCCGGGGUGGCAUGCCUGGUCACUGCAUUCUUACCCGAAGGGAUACCAUGGCUGAGGACUGCAGUGGCUACCCUGGGAAGACUAGGGAUAACCAUGGCCUUUGAAAUCGUUUAUUUGGUAAAUUCGGAGUUGUAUCCGACAACAUUACGGAACUUUGGGGUUUCGCUCUGCUCGGGCUUGUGUGACUUUGGGGGUAUCAUAGCUCCGUUUCUACUCUUCCGGCUAGCAGCUGUGUGGCUAGAAUUGCCUCUGAUCAUCUUUGGCAUCCUGGCGUCUGUCUGUGGUGGCCUCGUGAUGCUUUUGCCUGAAACCAAGGGCAUCGCCUUGCCGGAGACGGUGGAUGACGUGGAAAAGCUUGGCAGCUCGCAACUGCAUCAGUGUGGCAGGAGAAAGAAAACCCAGGUUUCCAGUUCUAAUGUCUGAGGCCCCCCAUGUCACCUGGAGGGGACCGACGCUGUGCGGGUGCCACCCACACCCAGGAGAAGCUGAGCCUGGUGGGAAUACACCUGUGUGGUGUGCUUCAAGCUCCUCCGCGUGGCGCCCUUCCAAGGAACCUUAACGCCGGAGAUUUUGUAUGGUAUAGAUGAGUAAGGUUUAUCAUGCUACCCAAGCUUCUGGGAACACAUAAUCUUUGACCUGUUUAGCCAAGCGCCUAUAGGUACACAGAUUCUGCAUAGGCUUUCUUUCGUUGGGAGCAAUGUCUCUGACACAUUGGGUUAAGGAGAGACGAGAGAGCCUCAACUGGUUCUCAGGACAGCCCCAUCCAGGAGGCAGGAUGGACAAACCGAGGACGGGAACGUGCACAGAGUGUGCUCAGCAGAUUGAUCCAGACAGCAGAGAGCUGUGUUCUGAGGAGUCUGAGGGCUGCUAGUCCUGCCUCCUUUGAACUCAAAACACACGCCUUCACAGAGCCGACAUGUCAGGUGUGGCGUCCCCAAGCCCCGUGUGGUUCCCACCCACGUUGUGAGAACCUGGCUGUAUCAUUAUAAAGUCAUAUUGGUGUCCUGAGACCCCCGAUAUUCUGUGCCUCCUUCAGUGGACCCUUGUAACCACAGACUCUUUACUGAGGAAGAGAAAACAUGGGUUAUGGUUUCUUGGGUCUUAGAAUUUGAAUAGUAAAAGAAUAAUGAUGUCCCAUUUGUGAAUUCAGUUCCAAUGGUGCCUGUGGCUGGGAGUCAAACACACACACAGCCAGUUUCCAUUCCGUCUCAGCACUUUUGACUUGUCUUGGGGGGGGGGGGUUGUUUUCAUUUAAGGGGAAAGUCAACCGUGUCCACACUUUGAAAGAGUUGGCAGCCACUUUACAAGUGACUUGAGAGACUAGUGAGGGAUCGAAACUUUUCCUUUUUUUAAAUCAAGACUUUUCAAGUGCGAGGCUCAAAUGCAAACCCAGGGUUCCACGUCGCGUGCUGUUCUCAAGAUCUUAGGCUGAAUCUUUGGCAUGGACAGACAGCAUUAGCACUAAAGGAAAACCUUCCCGUGGUGGGAGGGGAAAAUACAUCUGUGGAGAACGUGUGUGUUUCCGACACCAUAGAACAUGUGUGUGAUGACACUGUAAUCCUCAAAGCACAUGGGAACCGAGUGCGAGUGCUCCGUCUCUCGACAGCCUUCUGGGUGUUCAAUGCCGCACCCGCUCUGUGUGCACAGGCGCCUGCUGGCCUUUCUCUGCUGUCGCACGGCUCAUGUCCACUUUACUGUUGCCUUUGGAUUGCAUUUGGAGUUGACGUGUUUCAUAACAAUAAACAAUUUUUAAACUGUU